GUGUAAACUGUCCCUGCAGGAAAAAAGAGUUGUUUCAUUUAAACCUUUGCAGACAGAAAAACAGCUUUGAACAUGACACUUCAUAUCGUCUCCACAAUUGUGUUUCUCACCUUCAUCAAUGGAGGAUUGCCUGCAAAGAAGUGCCCCUCGCCUUGUGACUGCUAUGCAUCAAUUACGGAUUGUCGCAAUGUUGGUCUUACCUCUGUUCCUCAAGAUAUUUUCCUGCAAACAGAGACAUUAUUUUUAUCAGAUAACCAGCUAACUAUUAUCCCUUCAAUAGCUUUUCGGAGCUUAACCAGCUUGACGUUUCUUGAUUUAUCAAAGAAUAAUAUCAUACCUGAGAAUGACACACUGGAUUAUGUUAGCCAUCUACUGUCUCUGGAUUUCUCAGAAAAUAAUAUUCAAACAAUUCCUACAAAUAUUUUCCAGGUCACCACAAAGCUGGUUUGGCUAAACUUGGCCAACAAUCAACUGAAAAGCCUCCAAAAUUACAUCAUCAGGAAUCUACGCAGUCUUACCUACCUUGACCUCUCAUGCAAUUCCAUAGAACUUCAGAAUAAUACAUUUGAAGGCCUCUACAGUUUAGACACUUUGAUUUUAUCUGGCAACAAACUGUCCAGCCUACCAACAAUGGUAUUUUACACAAUAUCACAGCUUCGGAUUUUGGAUUUAUCCAAUAAUAACCUGACAUACCUGCCUAAAAACCUCUUGGCCAAAAAAGACAAUCUGAAAGAUUUGAUCCUCAGCAACAACAAACUGACUGGGUCUUUAUUUCCUGUUCUGAGAGGUUUAAGCAGUCUGAAAUAUCUAUAUUUGUCUAAUAACAGAAUUACAACCUUGCCACCUUUUCCGUUAGAAAGUUUUCCAUUACUUGAAAAAGUUACACUCUCUCAAAACUUUCUAUCAGUUCUGAAUGAUAAACUUUUAAACGGUUUACACAAACUCAGAGUGCUUGACUUGUCAGGUAAUGCCAUUGCCCAGCUACCAAAACAAUUCUUUCAAAAUAGCAGUAGCUUGCAGUACCUGCAUAUGGACAAAAAUUUAUUCUCUGAAAUGCCCAUGCUGGCUGGUCUACAGAAUGUUUUGGAGUUAACCAUCUGCUGUUCUAGAAUACAACAAUGGCCCUCUGAAGUCACUGUCAGCCAAUUAGAGUCUUUAGAGACAUUGGAUCUGUCAAAUAAUCUCAUUGUGAACUUUGAUUUGAAUACAGUGAGUAACAAUACAAAGUUAAAUAAUGUACUACUAACCAAUAACCCAAUCUGUGUGAAUAGUACCCUUUCUGUUGACAAGCCACUAAACUGUGAUAAUUGAAAUAUUAGACAAUUUAAUCAUAAUCACUACUAUUUCUUGUAGGAUACUACAAAAUACCUGUACUACAAAAUAAAUAGCUUUAAAAAAAUCA